AUGCGAAAUUUCACAGAUGAUGACAAAAAGCAAUUUAACAACACCAUUGAGCAUGUUGAGGAUGUUCAAAGCAGGAAACCCAACACCAGCGCAAAGUUUGUAGAUAUUGACGAGAAGUUGGUCGUGGCAGAGGGCGAGGAGAAAAUCACCCUCUACAUUAUCUUUGUCUGUAUAACAGCUGCAGUCGCAGGAUUUAUGGUUGGUGCGAAUUUUGAGCUCGAGGUAAUCACAGCGAUGACCACAGCAGGAGCCUUCAUCUCCUCCCUCUUCGCUGGAGCUCUGAGUGACAGGAUUGGUCGCAAAUGGGUCCUCGUUAUCAGUGACAUAUGUUACUGCAUUGGCACAAUUAUCUUCGGAGCGUCGUACUCGGUCACCCAGGCUUCGAUUGGCAGACUCAUUCUUGGAUUCGGGGUAGGAUUUUCUAGUUGUAUUGGGCCACUUUUUAUUAGUGAGAUUUCCCCACCUCAACUACGUGGCACACUCGUCACUAUCAACUCCGUCACCAUUACCUUGGGUCAGUGCAUAGCGUAUGGCAUUGGUGCAGGUCUCGUCAACUUCGAGAACCCUGAAAACUGGCGAAUCAUGCUGGUGAUAGGUGCUGCUCCGGCGAUAUACCAGGCUAUCGCAGUACAUUUUCUUCCGGAAUCUCCUCGCUACCUGCUCGCAAAGGAGCGCAACGAAGAGGCGCAUACUGCCCUCGCUAAAGUGUAUGAACAAGCUACACAAGAGGAGCUAGCUCUCAAAUUCGAUAUUCUUGUCGCCAAUGUUGAUGAGAGCGUCCAGAUCAGCAAAGAAAGCACUACAUGGCAACUCUUCAAGUCGCUGUUUAUCGUACCAAAAAAUCUAAGGGCACUAUCUCUCGCCAUGACUUUACAGGCCCCUACUCUUUUCCAGAUGCUUGGAUUUGAGAACGCGCCCUUAGGUGGACUUGUUAUUGCCGCUGCUAACUUCGCCUUCACUGCUGUAGGCAUGUUUGUUGUCAAUAGGACAGGCCGUCGCCCCUUAUUGGUUUACCUGAGCGCGCCAGGCGUGAUCCUAGGCUGUGUGUGGGCGAUUGUUUCACUUUACUACCUCACCAAAGACUCCGGAUUCCAUUUGGUUGAAGAUCCAGUCAUCCCGUACGAUUCUGGAAUACAGGUUGCUGUAAUCAUUGGUUUUGUUGCCUACGUCGGGGCUUAUGGUAUCGGUCUGGGCCACAUACCAUGGACAAUGAGCGAACUAUUUCCUCUAGAAACUAGAGGUCUCGGAACUGGUAUUGGCACCGCCACACUCUGGGCAUGCAACUUGAUCAUUUCAGAGUCUUAUCUUUCCAUGCAAAAGGGUCUUACACCGUCGGGAACAUUCGAGACAGCAGGACUACACUUGGAAGAGGUGCAAAGUCUACUGACGGAUGGAUUUAAUGUCCAUAAAUCUGUUCAGCUUCGUAAUAGCAAGAAGAAAGCGCUCAAGAGUACGAAAGAAACCGCGUUGGUUGAUGUUGAAGCAAAUUCAAACAAGCACAAUACAUAA